UGAUCCCGCAAGAGGAGGAGAUCCAAUCUUAUAUCAACAUUUAUUUUGAUUUUUUGGACAGAACACAUUAAAGAGGUGGGAAAACCUUCCUGAUGAAACAUAUGUAAAUAUUUGUAGUUUUAAUCUUUAUCUUUCUUUCUUUUUUUUAAACUUGUAAUACUGUGAUAUACCAUCAUUAUCAUAUUUGUUACAACGAAUGAUUAGCAGAUAACAUGUGUUGAUGUAUUCAUCCCUUUACAAUUUAGAGCUGAAUCCAUUCUUAAAUAUUUAUGUCAACAAAUUAUGAUUAUCAAUUUUCACGAAAUUAAAAGACCCAGUUUUUCAAAUAUCAAUUUAGUUUUCUAGCUCACUGAGAAAUUCAGGAUUAAAAUAACUUUCAGAAUAAAAUAGUUAUAUGUAAAAACAUAUAUUUAGGAAGAAAGUAGAAAAGAAAGUGUAAUAAUUUCAAUUAAAUUCUGUAAAAAGUUUAUGAAUCUAUAUGUAGGCCGAUGUAUACAAAUAUUUGUUUCAUAUAAAAAUUUUAAUCAAAACAUCUGUGAAUCAGAAAAUUAACAACAAAGUACUUUUCAUUUGGACAUUUCAUUCAAUAUGGACAAGAAUACAACUCAAACUAUGCUGAUUUGAGAAACUGACAAGCAUACAACAAAAUUUUAUUGAAUGAACAAUAGAACACUAACAUAUAUGCACAUUGCCUACAAUGAAAUGCUGAAACAAAACACUGAUUUAUUUUCUUUCUAGAGAGGCAAAACAAUGAUAAAAAUAUUUUCUGACCACCAGCAAAUAAUAAGAAAAGUCUGAAAACUUAAAAAGGUAAUUGUCAUAGGUUUCUUAGGAACUUACAAUUAACUCCAUUAUUGAUCUUGCUAACAACUGCAAAAGUGUUCUAAUAAAUAUAUUAUGCAUUCUUUAUUUCCAUUACAGUCAACUCAUUUGAAGCAGAUAAUUCCAUCUAUUUUAUGAAAAAUAUAUGUACUUGCAAUGGAUAUUUCUAAAAUAUCAACUUUCAUCUAAAAUAAAUACAUUUGCUACAUGUCUCAUCAGCCUUUAUCAUAUGCCUUAAACAUUAUUUUGAAAAUUUGAAUUCUCUGCUACAAAAAUAUUUUCUUAUACUGUAUAAUGUAAGCUAUAAAAAUUUGGUCAAAUUCUAUAACAUCUAAACUACAUAUUUCUCAGUUUAAACAUAAUCACACACCACAUAUAAUUCAUACCAAGGUAUAGAGAGAUCAUCCACCUUCUUGCUUAUUGUAUGUUAGUAUCUCACAAACUUGUUGUUUUAAUUCAUUAACAAACACACAUAUUUGUAAAAAAAAUAUGCAUUCCACAUAUAGGGAGAAUGAAAUGAAUUCUUAAUUAAAAUAUUCUUCUGCAUGUAUAAUUCUUUGUCACACCUCAUGUAAUCCUCUAUGAAAGAUAAGAACUCCUAGUUUAUUUGUCACAAUUUUUGAUCCCUGAGAACUUUUCACAUUUUUCCAGAUGCUAAAAUAAAAAUGGCCAUGUUUUCAUUUAGUGCAGAUAGUUCAUCUAUAAUAUUACAAAUAAUUUAGAAAAGGCAUUCCCUAUUUAAUAAAUAUGCUGAUGACAUAGUAAUAUUUAAAUUUCAAAAAAAUUGAAGUACACAAUAAACAAGGGGGAUUGACAUUUCUAUACCAUUUUAAUUAUAAAAUUCACUUAAAUUAAAAUAUUUAAAUACAUUUCCACCAUAGUUUCCAUAUAAUCUGCUUUGUUACAACACUAAAAAUGCACUAACUCAGCCCCUAAUUUCUGUACCAUCACAAUAAUGAAUGCAGUGCACCCAGAUCACAAGUUUAUCCACAUUUGUUCAUAAUUUACAUCACACACCGUACAUUUAAUUAUUUUAUAAAACUCAUUUGCACCAUCCCUUGACCCUUUAAUCCAAUCAAUGAUGAAGAAAGGACAUGAUUCACAUUCAAAUCUCUCUGAAUGCAAGCAACAAUUAAGAAAACAUUGGAAACAAAGCAUUUAUUUGUGAAGCUUUCAUGAAUAUUAAAUAAAAUUCAAAAUAUGAUCAUUAGUAUUCUAUUUGUCAAGAAAACUGAAAUCAGUUUCACAACAUGUAAGAAAAAUGUAAUAGUGACUAAGAAGACAAUUUACAAUUUGAUCAUAAAUAAAUUAUAAUAAAUAUGUUUAUCAUAACUAUUAUCAACAUAAUUCUCAUACCCAGAGGUGCUGCAUUAACGGUGAGAUCAGGAUAGAUCCACACUUCCCUUCUUCCUGGUCCUCCUGCUUUCUCUACAGGACACAUAGGCCUCACAAAAUGAUGGAUCUAAUAAGAAAUAUUAAUACUAUAUUUUCAUUAGAAAUAUUAUAGAACAGUAGUGUAUAAUGAAUACUGAACAUCAGUGUAAAAAGAAUCUACAAAAUAUUGAAGACUUUCUGUGGGAAAUGGUCAAAUGAUGACUCCUCACAUUGCAAUUUUCUUUUUGCAGGGACAUAUUUAUCACAUGUUUCAUUCAAACUUGCAACAAGAGAAUCUUUCAUAUUGUCACUUAAUAAUCGAUUAUUUUUCCAAACUUUAUUUUGUUGACCUCUUCCAGGCAAUAUUUGCUUCUCUGAAUCUUUUGGUAGCAUUUCAUUGUUAUUACCAGCUGACUUGACAGACUCUCCAACUUCCUCCUGAGUAAACCUGUUAUCUACAUUAUCUAAGCUAUGAACCCUGCUUUCAUGCUUUUGCAAAAGAAAGUUGCGUGUGAAUGUGGCAUCACACAUUUGGCACUUGAAUGGGCGUUCACCUGUAUGAGUGAGAAUGUGCCGCUUGAGGUCAGUAGACCAGCCAAAUGACUUUGAGCAUACGUGGCACAAAUACUUUCUCUUGGUUGAGGGUUUCUGACAAUUCUUAUUGUCAGAUAUAGAUAAAACUUCAGUUUUCAAAACUUCACUUGCAGAGUCCUCUUUGGGACGAUGAAUUUUCUUUGGCAUUAGUUGUUUCCUAUUUGAUGCUCCUUUCAAAGGCUUUGAAAUGCAUAGCUUGUUAGUAGCACUAACCACUGAUCCUGCAUCUUCUUUCUCUACACCAUCUUCUAAAGUGACCACACAAAAUUUUAAGGGACUGAAAUCCUCUCCUUCACAUUUUUUGGUAACUUCUUUAUUCAAGGGCAGAGCAUUUAUUUUAACAGGAGUGGAUUUUUCUUGCUUGUGAUUCACAGGACAGUUUUUGGAUAUUUCUUCUUUAUAUCCUCGUUUCAGGGCUAACCUUGACACACAAUUUUCCAGUCUUUUCUGAAGAUCAAAUUUUACUAGUGUCAUGUCAUUGGAAAACUUAUGCUUUGCUUUUGCUCUCUGCCCUAUUUCUAGAACCAUAUCAUCUGGAAGCGCAACAUCCUCCACUUUCACACAACUUGUGACACCCAAGUUUCUGGUGACACAAUUCUGACUGUUUGAAGAUUUAAACGAAUCAGAUGAUGAUGUAUUGCUAUAAGAUGUUAUGUCAUUCUGAAGACUACUUACAGGUGGCAGUUUUUCAUUCAAUCUACAACACUGAAUAGCAGACUGACGCAAGACAGUUUCCAGAAUACUUUCCUUCCUUUCUUUUUUCUUUGCUUGUAAUAAUGACAAUUUAAUUUUUUUAUGUGUGGUAGUAUUUCCGCUUUCAUUAUUGAAACUUAGUUCUGUUUCUGUUGCUUGGUCUAUAAUAUGCUCAGCAAAAUGCUUCAAAAGUAAAGAUGCAGAAGUAAAAGAUGUCUUGCAGUCUGCACAUUCCAAAGUUUUGUUUAACCCUAGAACUGAUUGCAUUACAGGGAUUUUACAGAACACAUUUUUUUAAACAAGGGCCAUGGUGAGAAUAGGGUAGAAACUAAUCAAGAAAAUCACAAUCAAUGGAUAAACUUGUCGCCGAUGUAAUUAUUUCUGCGUAUCAGCUCUGUCCGAUGCAAGUAAGGAAGUGCACCAUAGCUUCCCUUUAGUAAUAUUUAGGCCUCACUCUCUCAUCGCGGCACUUGAGCUUUAUUCGAAGAUAUAAACGUUAUUAAGAUGUUAUUCACUUUUAUCACACAUAACAAGCAUGUUUCUUUUCAUGUUUCAAGUUCCACGUUAGCUUUCACAGGUUCACAAGUGUAUGCACAGGUACAAUUGAUAGAGCACUUUAGAAGUCGUCCAGGUUAUGCUAUGGUGCGUUUAUUUUUCAUUGCAACAUGACUGCUAUCUUAAGAACUUCCUUUUCCUUCUGGAAUGAACAUAUUUCGUAUUUUUUACCAUUUGUCUCACAUACUACACUUGCUAAACGUACAAUCUUUCGAGAGAAAAAUUCACGCCCAGAUAAAACCGAUAAAAUAAACUGUGAGUCGACUUCACUUCAACCCUUUUGAUUCGUCAUUGAACACCCGGUCAGUGCCUGGUUCGACUCGAGGCGAGUGGGAGACGACUCGGGGUGGUGGGAGGAUUCAUUGGAGACAGGUGGAGGUCGCUGUAAUUUGACGUAUAGGGAUGAAAGUGUGUGAACUGUCAUUUCCUUAUUAGAUUUGAAUUUGAAUACGGGAGAAAUCAGUGAAGAACCCUUGCAUUUACAGUAGAAUGGCAUGUCAACUGACAGUGCUGUCAACAGUUUAUGUUGUAAAAUGUUAACUAUAUUGUAACACUAUUAUUAACAAGUGAUAAGGUGCAACACAAUUUGUUUUUAAAGACACAUUUUGACGAAUACAUGAAGUGAAGGUAGGCAUUAUGGGUCAGCUUCCGAGCACCGAACACAUCCCAGAAACCAUGGAAAAUGUACAAGGAGAAAUAUUUCGUCAUGCCAGGAUUAUUACAGAAAUUGCCUCUCUCACUUAUGAUGAUUUUCAAAAAUGUAUCAGAGAUUUGAACGUGUUAUCAAAACAAUGCACUGAUCCAAAUGGGAAAUUAUUAGUAUUUGCAGUGAAAAAGGGAACUGAUUCUACAGUGUUGUGGAAAGGCACUGUUAGGAUAGCAUGUGUGAAGAUAGACCCUGUUACAAAACAAAUUGAUACAUACAGACUUCUUAAUUUGAGUGAAUUUUUGAAGGUCUUCAAUACACUACAGUGUCAAUUUACUGCUGCACAGCAGAGUUCUACAAAUGAAAGAGUUCUUCAAGAAAGUAUGUCAAGUAGUACAUUGGCUGGUGGUUAUGAUGCCCAAAACCAAAUGAAGCAGUUGACUGCUACGAUGCUGCUUGAGGAAGUUGAUCAUGUGACAUCACCUCCUGGAGAGAGAUUAAAUGAAUGCUGUAUAUGUUUGGAGCGCAAGCCUGAUAAAAAUCUAUCUAAAUUGGAACCUGCACAACACACCUGCCAUACACCUUACAGACAGCGCAAAGAUAAAGAAAUAAUUAUAAUACUUCAGAGCAAUGGAAUGUAAAUAACAAAACUUGCCCAAUUUGUCGCGAGACUUUGGAUAGUACUGAUGAUACUUGGGUAAUUUCGGAGGCACCCGAAUCACAGGAAAUAAGUCAAGCAAUUUGCAAGUCUUUGUUGGAUUUGGCGUCUCCUGCUCGAUCUCACCGCUAACCUAGUGCCAAAAGAUUGAACACGUGCUAUUUAUUGUCUGUGUACCUCUAUUGUUCCUUCUGGUUCAGAACUUUCUAAUUAAUUCUCUCUAUCUCGACUGACAAUGUAAUAUUGAAGAGAAUGAAGUUCAUGAAGAACUUUCAGUAGUCCACACUGGAUUCAAAUUAGCCAGCAACAUAAUUUUUCAUGUGCAAUUAUGAACAAAUGAGAGUUGGUUUUAUGUAGAAAAUAAAUGUUAAAAUCUAAAGCAGGAUUUAUUGGUAAAUUACUUAUUUUAAAAAGUGUAUCAUAAUAAAUUUGUACAUUGUGCUAUCAAAUCUUUUGUAUAUGCAGCAACCUUUAUUACUGGAUUUUAAUGUUCAAUGUAUAUGUUCCAAAAAUGAAAUAAUUUUGUAAUCCUGUGUACAGAACAAAAUGUAAGAAGAAUUUUAGGGUAAGAAUUAUGUUCUCUCUUGUAAAUAAAUGAAAUUGAGAUAAAUCCAUUGUUCAUUUAAUCUAAUAUAUAGAAAUAUUUUUCUACAAGCUAAAGCAUAAAUACUGUAAAACUCCUCUUUUACACUCUUCAAGGGUCCAAGAAAAAAUUGUGUACAAUACUAGAAGAGUAAUAUGGAGGAUAUUGUGUUACUUAUAUAAUGCAUAAUAUUAAUUCUGUAAUUAUAAUAAUAACUUUUAAUGAGAAAGGAUAGGGUUCCUUUGGACAUAUGCUUAAAAAUACACCAAUUCUACAUCUUUUUAAUAUACCCGAAGACAAAGGCACUUUCGUUAAAACCAUUUUAUAAUCAAAUGAAUACUAAAACGUUUUUUAAAAACCAUCCACAUGAAAUGAACUUGUGAUUGCAUCUAGUAACAAUGUUAAAAGUAAUAGAAACAAAAUACAUAGCAAGCAAGCUUCUGGGAAGGGCAAUACCACGGACAUAAUGGCAAAUAACAAAAAUUACAAUGUUUAAGCUAAAAAAAGUUUUUGGAAAUAUAUUUUUUAAAAAA